GACCAGACCACCACAGCAACCAACCCAGCUGCUCUUUCAAAGCGCGGCAGCCGAGCGCCCGCCUGUUCUUCACCUCGCACUGUGAAGCCGCUCCGAGCGAGCUCCUCAGGCACCCGCCCCCGACGCCGCCGUCUGCCACAGCUAUGAAUGUCAUCAACAGCAGCUUCGCACCCCCUCCGCAUCUGCUACCCAACCGCCUGUCACCCACCCGCAACAUCCUCUCUCCCUCCAUGUCGAACCGAAAACGCAAAGCCGACGACGAAGGCAGUGGCGGCGAUGACGACCGCAUGUCUGCAUCGCCCUCUGGCUCGCCCGCCAUCUUGAACCGACCCCUCGCAAAGCACUCGACCAAGCGCAUGCGGACCAAUAUCUCGGGCAGACCCCUGCCGCUGCAACGACUGCUCGAGACUCUGAGCGCCGACGAUAUGCGAAACGUGCUACAGGCAAUCUGCGACCAGCACCCAGACAUCGGAAACAAGGUCCUGUCAACCGCGCCCCGGCCGAACAUACAGUCAACACUCGAAGUCCUGGCCAGGUACGAGUCACAGUUCCAGGCAGCCUUCCCCUUUGGCGGAAAGCCUUCGUCCGACUACGCAUACAACCGUGUGCGGCACCAGCUUAUCGAGCUCCUCGAAGCCUUGAAAGACUUUACGCCCCACUUCCUCCCCCCUAACGAAACCCAACCCGCCACGUCGCUUGCCUUCCUGGACGGCGCCACCCAGUACAUCCAUCGCCUUCCUGACUGGGAUACAUAUCAGCACAACCGACAUAAAGAGGAAGCGUACGAAGAGAUGGCUAAAGCGUGGGCUGCCGUGUUCCGCGAGGCCGCAAAAAAGGCAGGCGGCAUACAGCUUCAGUACGGUGGCUGGGAUGAGAAAAUCGCCAAGCACAACGAGAUGUCUGGCGGUCGCAUGCAAGAGGCGGUCAACGAGCUUCGCUCCAGCCUAGGCUGGAUGGGUAACGAAGUGCAACAACCUGCUGCAGGCCAACAUGGUAACAUGUCUGUUAGGGAUCAGCUCUUCAACGGAACAUACGGCAUGGGGGCGUCCGCUCGCGUAGGUGCCUGGUAGAUGCUCAGCCAUGGAUACGGGCACUGUUUCUGGUUUCUUUAGUCUGUCGAUCUACGAUACCCUGCGUUGCAAGACACGACGUUGGCACCAACACCACCGUUGUCACUGCGACCAAAGCCGCGCAAGAAGCGCAUAUUCUGGGGGUUCAGGGAUGAUGUAGCUGGUCAAUACUGUAGGGGGAAGGUUCACGAUAACGACUUGGCAUCUGCAUAGCGUCUGCAUGGGCUCUUGUCUGCUUUUAUACACACGGCACACGGCAAGGUCCGUUUUCUGUCUUUCAUUUGUUUCAUGGCGUCACUAGGCUGGGCUUCAUCUGCGAUUCGCUUGCCGCGGCAGCGUAAUGUCUAUCUUUAGUACAAGUUGAGGCACGGGUUUUCGGUUGAUAUCUAGUUUAGUUUUCUGGGAGGCGUGGUUGCUCUCCCGAUCUGUGAAUAGACUUGCUUGCGCUCCU